AUGAACUUGCCGCCUGACAAAGCCCGGCUGCUGCGGCAGUACGACAACGAGAAGAAGUGGGAGCUCAUCUGUGACCAGGAAAGAUUUCAAGUGAAGAAUCCUCCACAUACAUACAUCCAGAAGUUGAAGGGCUAUCUGGACCCGGCUGUAACCAGGAAGAAAUUCAGAAGACGAGUCCAAGAGUCUACUCAAGUACUCCGAGAACUGGAAAUUUCGUUAAGAACUAAUCACAUUGGAUGGGUCAGGGAGUUCCUGAAUGAAGAAAACAAAGGCCUGGAUGUUCUGGUGGAGUACUUGUCGUUUGCCCAGUAUGCAGUCACGUUUGACUUUGAAAGUUUGGAGAACAAUGUGGAAAACUCGAUGGACAAGUCCAAACCUUGGAGCCGGUCUAUUGAGGACCUGCACAGAGGCGGUAAUUUACCCUCGCCAGUUGGCAACAGCAUUUCCCGCGCUGGCAGACACUCAACUUUACGGUAUAACACCUUGCCAAGCCGAAGAACACUAAAAAAUUCCAGAUUAGUGAGUAAAAAAGAUGAUGUUCAUGUCUGCAUCAUGUGUUUACGGGCCAUAAUGAAUUACCAGUAUGGAUUCAAUAUGGUCAUGUCGCAUCCACAUGCCGUUAAUGAAAUUGCACUAAGUUUGAACAACAAGAAUCCCAGGACAAAGGCCCUGGUCUUGGAACUUUUGGCAGCUGUUUGCCUCGUCAGAGGAGGGCAUGAAAUAAUUUUAUCUGCGUUUGAUAACUUCAAGGAGGUGUGCGGAGAGAAACAGCGCUUUGAAAAGCUGAUGGAGCACUUCCGAAAUGAAGACAACAAUAUAGACUUUAUGGUGGCCUGCAUGCAGUUCAUCAACAUCGUUGUCCACUCGGUGGAGGACAUGAACUUCAGAGUCCACCUGCAGUAUGAGUUUACGAAGCUCGGCCUGGACGAGUAUUUGGAUAAACUGAAACACACAGAAAGCGACAAGCUGCAGGUGCAAAUUCAAGCUUACCUGGAUAACGUUUUUGAUGUGGGAGCUUUACUGGAGGAUGCUGAAACCAAGAAUGCAGCCUUGGAAAGAGUUGAAGAACUGGAAGAAAACAUUUCCCAUUUAUCUGAAAAACUCCAAGAUACGGAGAACGAAGCCAUGGCAAAGAUUGUGGAACUGGAAAAACAACUUAUGCAAAGAAACAAAGAACUGGAUGUGAUUCGGGAAAUCUACAAAGAUGCAAAUACCCAAGUUCACACCUUGAGAAAAAUGGUGAAAGAAAAAGAAGAAGCCAUCCAGCGACAGUCAACGCUGGAGAAAAAAAUCCAUGAACUGGAGAAGCAGGGAACCAUUAAGAUCCAGAAGAAAGGUGAUGGUGACAUCUCUAUCCUUCCUGUUGCUCUGGCCUCUGGGAUGGUGCCGGCAGGGUCAGAGGCUGUGGCUGGCACAUGUGUCGCACCAGUUGCUGGAGCUGCAUCUUCAGUGCCAUUGCCACCACCUCCACCACCAUUACCCGCCUUAGCAGCAGCAUCUGAGGCAGUGCAAAAUGGUCCUGUGUCAGUGCCGAUGCCGCCACCUGCUGAAAUGCCGACUCGAAAGCUGCAGUCUGGGCACGCGGGGUGUUUUUCAGCGGUUGGGGAAUUUGUCAUUUCUUCUCCUCUGCUGUCUUUAGCUGUGAAAAUCAAGAAGCCGAUCAAGACCAAGUUCCGCAUGCCGGUGUUCAACUGGGUCGCCCUCAAACCCAACCAGAUCAAUGGGACAGUCUUCAACGAAAUAGAUGACGAAAGGAUCCUGGAGGAUUUAAAUGUGGAUGAAUUUGAAGAAAUAUUCAAAACAAAAGCCCAAGGUCCAGCCAUUGAUCUUACUUCAAGCAAGCAAAAGAUAACUCAGAAAGGGUCAAACAAAGUCACGUUACUGGAUGCCAACAGGGCCAAAAAUCUUGCCAUUACUUUAAGAAAAGCUGGAAAGACAGCAGAUGAAAUAUGCAAAGCUAUUCACGUGUUUGACCUGAAGACGUUGCCGGUGGAUUUUGUUGAAUGCCUCAUGCGGUUCCUGCCCACCGAGAAUGAAGUGAAAGUGCUGCGGCUCUACGAGCGGGAAAGGAAACCCAUCGAGAACCUGUCUGACGAAGACCGGUUCAUGAUGCAGUUCAGCAAGAUUGAGAGGCUGAUGCAGAAGAUGACCAUUAUGGCGUUUAUAGGCAACUUUGCAGAAAGCAUCCAGAUGCUGACCCCGCAACUUCACGCAAUAAUAGCUGCAUCUGUCUCAAUAAAGUCAUCCCAAAAGCUUAAGAAAAUACUGGAGAUAAUCUUGGCUCUUGGAAACUACAUGAACAGCAGUAAACGAGGAGCUGUGUAUGGAUUUAAGCUACAGAGUUUAGACCUGCUCCUAGAAACAAAGUCAACAGACCGAAAGCAGACCCUGCUGCACUAUAUUUCAAAUGUGGUCAAGGAGAAGUACCAGCACGUAUCCCUCUUUUACAAUGAACUUCAUUACGUGGAGAAGGCUGCUGCAGUGUCUCUUGAAAACGUCCUCUUGGACGUGAAGGAACUGCAGAGGGGCCUGGAUCUGACGAAGCGUGAGUACACCAUGCAUGACCACAACACGAUGCUGAAGGAGUUCAUUCAGAACAACGAAGGGAAGCUAAAGAAACUGCAGGACGAUGCCAAAAUAGCCCAGGAUGCCUUUGAUGAUGCUGUGAAGUACUUUGGGGAGAAUCCCAAGACGACACCCCCCUCCGUCUUUUUCCCAGUGUUUGUCCGGUUUGUGAAGGCCUACAAGCAAGCAGAAGAAGAGAAUGAGUUGAGAAAAAAGCAGGAACAGGCCUUAAUGGAAAAACUUAUGGAGCAAGAAGCAUUGAUGGAGCAACAGGACCAAAAGUCUCCUUCACAUAAAACAAAGAGACAGCAGCAAGAGCUGAUUGCAGAGCUCAGACGGCGGCAAGUCAAGGAUAACAGGCAUGUGUACGAAGGGAAGGACGGUGCUAUUGAAGAUAUUAUAACAGAUCUUAGAAACCAGCCGUACCGACGGGCCGACGCGGUGAGGAGAAGCGUCCGGCGGCGCUUUGAUGAUCAGAACUUGCGCUCUGCAAACGGUGCUGAAAUAACCAUGUGAGCUGGAGACGUGCGGGUGUCAAGGAAAGGGGGUGCUUGAGCGAUACCUUGUCCAUGUGAACUCUAUGUUCUGCCACUCAUUUACAGCCUUGGGAACAGUAAAAUUCACCUUCUAAAGGGCUCAAAGGCCUAGAAAACGCAUAGGAACGUCAGCGCGGGGCUCUCCACUCAACCGUAGCU